AAUAAAAAAUAUAUUUUUCUUUUAAAUUUGAAGAAUACAAAUUAAAAAAAAUUAAUAAAAAUAAUGGUCAUAAAUGCAAAGGGUUGAUUAGGACGCAAGUAAAGAGCAAGUCAAUAAAAAUCAAGUAACAGCAAGAAAGCAAGCUGUGUGUCAGUUUUAGCCAGCAAGCUGAUCAGUGCCUAUGUCUAUGCUUGAUUCAACCGUAAAAAAUUACUAUAUUAUUUAGUAGAUGUCAAGUUUGGGACUCGAAGUUUUAAAGAACGGCAAGAGGUCCUGGUGAUAUGAAUCUUUAUAAGCUUUAAAAAAGAUAAAACAGGGAAACCGAGCAAUCAGAUACAGAAAGAUAAAGAAAUGGUGGAUGAGUGUGGGUGGAGUCAGAUUUGUGCUUGUGAGUGUCUCUGAUUUGGGGAAUUAUUUAGUAUAAAGGGCUUGUUGGCUAUGUCUCCUAAGCUGACUGGUUGUGCCCGGGCUCUGUGGGCUUUGCUGCCGAUCAAGGAAACAACCUCUUCCUUAGCUACCUGGAAUGUGAGGUCUUGAGUGUCAAGGUUUGAGAGGUGUCAGUUGAGUAGCUGAGAAGAGAAUCUUGAGGUUCAGAGAAGAGGAAGAUCUUUAAUUUACCAAGAUGAAGUUUAUGAAACUUGGAUCGAAGCCGGAUACCUUUCAAAAUGAGCAGAAUAACAUUAGGUAUGUUGCAAGUGAGCUGGCAACUGACCUCAUUGUCACUAUAGGAGAGAUAAAGUUUUAUCUACACAAGUUUCCUCUUCUAUCAAAAUGUUCCCACUUACAAGAGUUGGUUGCAACUAUAGACGAAGAUAAGAGUGAUGAAGUUCAGAUUUAUGACCUUCCUGGAGGUUCUGCAGCCUUUGAGAUAUGUGCUAAGUUUUGUUAUGGCAUGACCGUUACUCUCAAUGCUUACAAUGUUGUUGCUGCUCGAUGUGCGGCUGAGUACUUAGGGAUGCAUGAGACUGUUGAGAAAGGGAACCUCAUUUACAAGAUUGAUGUCUUCCUCAACUCUAGCAUCUUCCACAGCUGGAAGGACUCAAUCAUUGUUCUUCAGACUACUAAGUCUAUGUUACCAUUGUCUGAGGAACUCAAGGUGGUUGGCCUUUGCAUUGAUGCCAUUGCUUGCAAGGCCUGUCUUGACAUUUCCAGGGUUGACUGGUCCUAUACCUAUAACAGGAAGAAGCUUCCAGAGGAAAAUGGAAACGAACCAAACUUAAAUGGUGCCAGAAGUAGACCAGUGCCGAAGGACUGGUGGGUUGAGGAUAUAUGUGAGCUUGAUAUUGAUUUGUACAAGCUUGUUGUGGUAAAUAUUAAAACCAAAGGUGUACUUUCCCAUGAACUGAUUGGAGAAGCCUUAAAAACUUAUGCAUACAGAAGAUUGUCAGGUUUAAGCAAGGGUACAGUCCAUUGUGGAGAUGUAGUAAAGUAUCGAUCAAUAGUUGAUACAAUUGUCUGGCUGUUGCCUACUGAGAAAGGUAGUGUCUCUUGUAGUUUCUUGCUAAAGUUGUUGAAAGCAGGCAUUAUCCUGGACUCCGGAGAAAUGACCAAGGGACAACUUAUAAGCAGAAUAGGACAACAACUGGUGGAGGCUUCUGCAAAUGAUCUUCUGAUACGAACCGCAGAAGGAGAAACUUUGAUGUAUGAUGUUGAAAUGGUACAGAAAAUAGUGGCUGAAUUUCUGAUGCAAGACCAGAAUGCUGAAAUUGAAUCGAAAGAAGCUGGUGAGGUUCAGGAAAUAAGAAGACCAGGAAUUUUGUCUGAUGCUUCCAAGCUGAUGGUGGUCAAACUUAUAGAUGCAUACCUCGCUGAAAUUGCAAAGGAUCCCAACUUACCCCUGUCAAAGUUUAUUGACCUUGCUGAGAUGGUAUCUGGCAUCUCCAGACCUGCUCACGAUGGGCUUUAUCGGGCCAUUGACACAUAUCUUAAGGUGCACCCAGGGAUCAGCAAGGGUGAGAGAAAAAGGAUAUGCAGGUUGAUGGACUGCAAGAAGCUGUCAGUAGAUGCAUGUAUGCAUGCUGUGCAAAACGAGAGACUCCCAUUACGUGUGGUUGUGCAAGUUUUAUUCUUUGAGCAGGUAAGAGUUGCAGCCUCAUCAGGCAGUAGCACGCCGGACUUACCGAAGGGCUUCAAGGAUCUAGCCGGUGCAUCUCAUGGGAGCACAAAGUCAGUAACAACCAAUCCAGAGGAAGAUUGGGAUGCUAUGGCAACAGCUGAGGAGCUCAAGGCCCUUAAGAGCGAGUUGGUUGGCUUGAGAUUGAGCAAUAGAGUGGGAGGAAGUGAGAAAAAUGGUGGUGACACUAAUAACACGGUAGACAAGGCUGCUGUUAGUAAAAUGAAGGGAUUGCUCAAGUCCAAGAAGAUAUUCACGAAACUCUGGUCAAGCAAAGGAACGCAAGGUGAGAACAGUACUGGUUCAGAUUCAUCGGAAAGUCUUGCUUCUGUAAACCCAGAUGAAGCUAAAUCCACCCCUUGCAAAAAUAGGAGGCACUCAGUUUCUUAGUAGAAAUGAAUGAACAUAUAUAAUAGCUUUUUUGAUCUUUUUGGUGGGUUCUUUUAGGCUUUACUUCUGUUAACUGACAUUAGCAAAUACAAAAACUAGUAUUUACUUUUAGCUUGGCAGAUUAAUGAAGCAUAUAUGGUUUA